AUGACGGAGAACGUCUAUCAACAUUAUGGUAGUGUGAACGCUAUAGAAUUUGCCAGGAAAGUCGCAGAGGAUUAUGAUGCACGGGACAUUUGUGAACCCUUUGCCAUAAUCGAUCUGGAUGUGGUUAAGAGACAGCUGGAGUUGUGGAACUUUGCUCUUCCAUCAGUGAAGCCUUUUUAUGCAGUAAAAUGCAAUCCUGAUCUCAACGUCCUGAAAACAUUAUCCGCAAAUGGCACGUGUUUUGAUUGUGCUAGUAUCACCGAGAUAAAGCUGAUCCUCUCCAAUAAUUUGGCCAAGGGAAACGAAGUCAUUGUGGCUCAUCCUAUAAAAUCUUGGCAAUGCAUAGAAUAUGCAAUAGAGAAUGGUGUAAAAUUGAUGACAAUCGAUAGUGUUGAGGAGCUGAGGAAGAUUACAAGAAUCACAAAGAAAGCCAAGCUAAUUCUCAGAAUCAAAGUCACAGGAUUUGAUGCUCUUGUGGAUUUAAACAAAAAAUUCGGAGCAGACGAAGUCACGAGCAAACUCAUAUUUCAUGAAGCGAAAAAAAUUGGCGCGAAAAUUUAUGGUAUAAGCUUUCACAUUGGCUCCGGUGUAGUCAACUGCCGUCCUAUAGCGCUCUCAUUGGCUAACGCUCGGAAGCUACUGGAUUACGGUAGAAUGUUAGGUCAUCCUGUCGGUAUAAUAGACAUCGGCGGAGGGUUUGUACCCACUAGCAAUGCGGAGUUUUUGAAAAUCGGACAUUUUGUCGAAAACACCUUGAGCACAUGUUUCGAAGGAGUCGCAGUGUCCGUAAUCGCAGAACCUGGGCGUUUCUUGGUUACAAAAGCUCAGUAUGUAGCCACACGUGUUAAUCAAGUGGUUCUCAAAUCCACUAGCGAGGAUCUGCCUGAAAGCUACAGUAUCUACCUAAGCGAUGGAGUUUACGGUUCAUUCAAUUUCGUCCUUACAGAGCAAAGAAAAGCCACAGGUUUUCCCCUAUUCAAGGAACGAGAAGGCUUUAUGAGUGCUGAUAUUUGGGGACCAACAUGCUGCAGCUUUGAUAUAAUCGAGACUGACCGUCGCAUUUCGACUGUCAGAGAAGGUGACUGGAUCUUAUACCCCGACUGCGGAGCCUAUUCUUUAUGCUUAUCCACUCAUUUCAACGGAUUCCACCCUCCGAAUGUCUUAUACUUGACAUCAACUGCGAAUUGGCAGACCAUUGUAGACAACAAAAGAAGCUCCAAAGAAGAUCUUGAAGAAGACAGUGCUGACAUGUUGCAGAAAGUGCCAUCAAAGUUGUAA